AUGCUUAAGCAUAAUGCUUUAGCCUUCUCCACCACCACCACCACAUCUGCCUGGAAAAGCAAGUUGACAGUUAAUCUGGAAGAGCUGGUUGAGUCUAAGACCGAUAAUGAUGAAUAUGAAGGCUUCCUUGACAUGGACUUCAUGGCACAAGCUGCUAGUCCUCUGAAUGUCAUUUAUCCUGAUGCAGUCUCUGAAGGGGAGAUUCCUCAUGACACACAUAGUGAUGUUGAGUUUGAUGAUGAUCAGCUCAUCACAAGAAAAAGAAAGGCUUCUUUCUUAGGGGGAGCUAAUGAUGUUGAAGUUGGUAGUUCCUCAAAAAAUCAAGUUGACAUUUAA